CAAGGAGAGGACUUGGAGUAGUGAGGGUCUCAAACCAUUGGAGGGCACCACACUCCAAACGGUGCAUUGUCUGACGCACCACCUCACCAUGUUUGGGGCCAGUUUGUUUCUUCACCCCGGGGCAGUUGUGCUCCUGCCGCCUGCAGCUGAUCCCAGUCUUAAUGUGAUGGUGGCAAUUGUAUGCGCUGUCCUGAUCCUGACUCACCUGCUGGUGGGACUCAUUGCCCAUAAAUUGGACCACCUGGACGGCCUGAGGCUGAGCCAAGUGCCCCUUUGCGGUCGGGGAGGACUGUACCACUACAGGGUGCUGGUUAAGACCGGUUGGAGGCAUGGAGCAGGCACCACAGCACAUGUUGGCAUCAGUCUGUAUGGAGUCAACAAGAGCGGCUCUCGUCAUCUGCAAAGGGUUGGAGCUUUUCAACGUGGCAGCCUCGACCAGUUUCAUUUAGAAACAGACGUCAGCUUGGGGGAAGUUUGGAAAAUUCGGAUCUGGCAUGACAACACAGGGUUGGAUCCAUCCUGGUAUGUUCAGCACGUGGUCGUGUGGGACCCUGUGACAGACCAUAUGUUUUUCUUCCUGGUGGAUGACUGGCUCUCUGUGGAAAAUCCAAAGAAUGGUACAGUGGAGAAAGAAAUCCUGGCCUCAUGUCCGGAAGAGCUUUCCCAAUUUCGACGAAUCCUAUCCUCCCAGUUGAUUUUUGGAAUGGUGGAGCACCACCUGUGGUUGUCGCUAUGGGAACGCCCCAUCCACAGUGUUUUUACUCGAGCUCAGAGGGUUACCUGCAGCGCUCUCAUGCUCCAUCUCUAUCUGGCGUCGGGUGCUCUGUGGUAUGGGGCCGUGGGUACCCAGGGACACAAUGGACCAGUGUCAGCCAAACUGCUUUUCAGUAUGGAAACUGUCGCUGUGGGGAUGGUUGUUGCAGUGCUGCUCUUUCCUCUCCAGUGUUUGAUCUGCUUUUUGUUUAGAAAAUGCCACAGUCAGGUUAUCGUGGACACGUCAGUUCCUUCACCGGUUUGUUAUUCUGUGGAGAUGGAUGUCUACCUCGGCCAAACAGAACUUUCAGGGCCAUCUUUUUUAUCGUUGUCUGGACCCUCCAGCAGACUCCAAGAUAGUCCCUCAUCCUUAUUGGAGAGCAAAGGUUUUGACUCCAGCAUCCUCGACUUCUGGGCUGCUUCUGGUUUGGUGCCCCAGACCGAUGACAUAUGCCAGGAAGCGACUGCGACUUCCUGGGCAUCGUGCGACAGCCUGCUCAAAGAGUCUGAAGACCUCGAGCUCUGCGAUGCCUCGCUUGCUUUGUGCGCUACACGCCAACUGAGGAGGAAAAAAGCUCGCAUGCAGCUUCACCUGACCCCACGCGCCUCCUCUGACCCACCUGCUGCCUUUCUCCAUCCCCUCCAAAAAGACAUUGUGGACUAUCACUCCCCUGCGCAGGAGCAAGAUACUGCCAAACCACUGCUGGCUCACAACCACAAUAUGAAAAACUUUUUGACUCUGUCCGAGGAGAAUCUUCUGAUGUCAAUAGAAGAAGCAACAGAGGACACUUUGCAUUUCACCAAAAACAACUCGGACAGCGGUCGGGACUCGCCUACGACCACCUCAACAUUCUCAAACACCCAGAGCACCUCAUGUAGCAGUUGGUGGGAUCACGCUGACGAUAAAUACCACCGUGAGCUGGAGUAUUUGACUUUCGAGCCACAUUCCGGUCCUUCCCAAUGCGAGGCAAAACUCAAUCGAUGUCCAUCUGUACUUUCUGUGGACUCUGUGGCCGGCACCUUCCUGCCGAGUCCUUCCCCUGACUCGACAAGAUGCUCCUCCACCACGCGCAUCGGUACAGAAACUUGGACUCUGUCUCUCAGCCUGACUUCAUUCGAGGUCCAGGGCGGUCCUGUUGCCGUGUCGUUAUGUGUCUUCAGCUCUCUUUGUCAGUACUACAGCAUCAAGGAGAGGACUUGGAGUAGUGAGGGUCUCAAACCAUUGGAGGGCACCACACUCCAAACGGUGCAUUGUCUGACGCACCACCUCACCAUGUUUGGGGCCAGUUUGUUUCUUCACCCCGGGGCAGUUGUGCUCCUGCCGCCUGCAGCUGAUCCCAGUCUUAAUGUGAUGGUGGCAAUUGUAUGCGCUGUCCUGAUCCUGACUCACCUGCUGGUGGGACUCAUUGCCCAUAAAUUGGACCACCUGGACGGCCUGAGGCUGAGCCAAGUGCCCCUUUGCGGUCGGGGAGGACUGUACCACUACAGGGUGCUGGUUAAGACCGGUUGGAGGCAUGGAGCAGGCACCACAGCACAUGUUGGCAUCAGUCUGUAUGGAGUCAACAAGAGCGGCUCUCGUCAUCUGCAAAGGGUUGGAGCUUUUCAACGUGGCAGCCUCGACCAGUUUCAUUUAGAAACAGACGUCAGCUUGGGGGAAGUUUGGAAAAUUCGGAUCUGGCAUGACAACACAGGGUUGGAUCCAUCCUGGUAUGUUCAGCACGUGGUCGUGUGGGACCCUGUGACAGACCAUAUGUUUUUCUUCCUGGUGGAUGACUGGCUCUCUGUGGAAAAUCCAAAGAAUGGUACAGUGGAGAAAGAAAUCCUGGCCUCAUGUCCGGAAGAGCUUUCCCAAUUUCGACGAAUCCUAUCCUCCCAGUUGAUUUUUGGAAUGGUGGAGCACCACCUGUGGUUGUCGCUAUGGGAACGCCCCAUCCACAGUGUUUUUACUCGAGCUCAGAGGGUUACCUGCAGCGCUCUCAUGCUCCAUCUCUAUCUGGCGUCGGGUGCUCUGUGGUAUGGGGCCGUGGGUACCCAGGGACACAAUGGACCAGUGUCAGCCAAACUGCUUUUCAGUAUGGAAACUGUCGCUGUGGGGAUGGUUGUUGCAGUGCUGCUCUUUCCUCUCCAGUGUUUGAUCUGCUUUUUGUUUAGAAAAUGCCACAGUCAGGUUAUCGUGGACACGUCAGUUCCUUCUUCACCGGUUUGUUAUUCUGUGGAGAUGGAUGUCUACCUCGGCCAAACAGAACUUUCAGGGCCAUCUUUUUUAUCGUUGUCUGGACCCUCCAGCAGACUCCAAGAUAGUCCCUCAUCCUUAUUGGAGAGCAAAGGUUUUGACUCCAGCAUCCUCGACUUCUGGGCUGCUUCUGGUUUGGUGCCCCAGACCGAUGACAUAUGCCAGGAAGCGACUGCGACUUCCUGGGCAUCGUGCGACAGCCUGCUCAAAGAGUCUGAAGACCUCGAGCUCUGCGAUGCCUCGCUUGCUUUGUGCGCUACACGCCAACUGAGGAGGAAAAAAGCUCGCAUGCAGCUUCACCUGACCCCACGCGCCUCCUCUGACCCACCUGCUGCCUUUCUCCAUCCCCUCCAAAAAGACAUUGUGGACUAUCACUCCCCUGCGCAGGAGCAAGAUACUGCCAAACCACUGCUGGCUCACAACCACAAUAUGAAAAACUUUUUGACUCUGUCCGAGGAGAAUCUUCUGAUGUCAAUAGAAGAAGCAACAGAGGACACUUUGCAUUUCACCAAAAACAACUCGGACAGCGGUCGGGACUCGCCUACGACCACCUCAACAUUCUCAAACACCCAGAGCACCUCAUGUAGCAGUUGGUGGGAUCACGCUGACGAUAAAUACCACCGUGAGCUGGAGUAUUUGACUUUCGAGCCACAUUCCGGUCCUUCCCAAUGCGAGGCAAAACUCAAUCGAUGUCCAUCUGUACUUUCUGUGGACUCUGUGGCCGGCACCUUCCUGCCGAGUCCUUCCCCUGACUCGACAAGAUGCUCCUCCACCACGCGCAUCGGUACAGAAACUUGGGUUAUCGUGGACACGUCAGUUCCUUCACCGGUUUGUUAUUCUGUGGAGAUGGAUGUCUACCUCGGCCAAACAGAACUUUCAGGGCCAUCUUUUUUAUCGUUGUCUGGACCCUCCAGCAGACUCCAAGAUAGUCCCUCAUCCUUAUUGGAGAGCAAAGGUUUUGACUCCAGCAUCCUCGACUUCUGGGCUGCUUCUGGUUUGGUGCCCCAGACCGAUGACAUAUGCCAGGAAGCGACUGCGACUUCCUGGGCAUCGUGCGACAGCCUGCUCAAAGAGUCUGAAGACCUCGAGCUCUGCGAUGCCUCGCUUGCUUUGUGCGCUACACGCCAACUGAGGAGGAAAAAAGCUCGCAUGCAGCUUCACCUGACCCCACGCGCCUCCUCUGACCCACCUGCUGCCUUUCUCCAUCCCCUCCAAAAAGACAUUGUGGACUAUCACUCCCCUGCGCAGGAGCAAGAUACUGCCAAACCACUGCUGGCUCACAACCACAAUAUGAAAAACUUUUUGACUCUGUCCGAGGAGAAUCUUCUGAUGUCAAUAGAAGAAGCAACAGAGGACACUUUGCAUUUCACCAAAAACAACUCGGACAGCGGUCGGGACUCGCCUACGACCACCUCAACAUUCUCAAACACCCAGAGCACCUCAUGUAGCAGUUGGUGGGAUCACGCUGACGAUAAAUACCACCGUGAGCUGGAGUAUUUGACUUUCGAGCCACAUUCCGGUCCUUCCCAAUGCGAGGCAAAACUCAAUCGAUGUCCAUCUGUACUUUCUGUGGACUCUGUGGCCAGCACCUUCCUGCCGAGUCCUUCCCCUGACUCGACAAGAUGCUCCUCCACCACGCGCAUCGGUACAGAAACUUGGGUGGGGAAAUGCAAAAAUGAAUAG